UUCUCGCAGGGAGCAAGACCAAAGAGACUGCGAGAGCAGACCUACCCAACUCACAAUACCGUGCAUUUCAGCUGCUGUCCACACGGCAGCUUAGCAUACAUCGGACGUAGGGAGCGUUGAAUGGCCGCUGCUAUGCGAUACGCUCUAGGGCAUUUAGUUAGCUAGUUUGGAUCGCGGAUACGAUAUAUAUUAGCUAUAAUAUUAAAUCAAAAUGACUAUUAUUGUCUUUUUGAUCGACACGUCGGCCUCUAUGAAUCAGAGGGCCUAUUUGGGCGGGCGCCCUACGCUCUUAGACGUAGCCAAGAGCGCGGUGGAGACUUUCGUUAAGGUACGACAAAGAUCGCCGGAGAGCCGCGGGGACCGUUAUAUGCUGCUAACAUUCGAAGAACCUCCUCAAAAUAUUAAGGCAGGCUGGAAGGAAAACUUGGCAACAUUCAUGAAUGAGUUGAAAAACCUGCAGUGUGUUGGUUUGACAACUUUGGGUGCAGCUUUGAAGCAUGCCCUAGAUGUCCUCAAUAUCAACCGUAUGCAGACUGGCAUUGAUACAUAUGGUCAAGGCAGAUGCCCAUUUUAUUUGGAACCUUCGGUUAUAGUUGUGAUCACGGAUGGUGGAAAGUACACUGCUAAUGGAGGAGUACAUCAAGAUUUUACACUACCAAUGCAUUCCCCAAUACCAGGCACAGAACUGACCAAAGAACCAUUCAGAUGGGAUCAAAGAUUAUUUUCCUUGGUUUUGAGAUUGUCUGGUACUCCGGCUAUAGAUCGAGACACUGGACUUGUAGCUAGCGAUUCAUCACCGAUCGAUGCCAUGUGCGAAGUUACGGGAGGUCGUUCGUAUUGCAUAACAUCACAUAGAAUGAUGAUGCAGUGCAUAGAUUCACUGGUUCAGAAGGUCCAGUCUGGAGUUGUAAUAAACUUUGAAAAAAUUGGUCCAGAUCCACCUCCUCUGGCAAAUGAUACACAGCAUCCAGACGAUGAUGAAAAUGAAGAUGAAUUGACUUUAAUAAAUGGUGCAAGGUCCCAGUAUCCACCAAACCCAAUGGCACCUGGUAAUACUGCCUGGCACUCGUGUCGAAGGCUCAUUUAUGUACCACGAUCGGCACAAAAAGGUUUUGCGGUUGGGUUUUGGCCAAUCCCUGAAAGUUUUUGGCCUGAUCUGAGUGCGAGUUCGUUGCCACCUAGAUCUGCACAUCCAAACGUCAAGUUCACUUGUACCAGUCAAGAGCCAAUGGUCAUUGACAAUCUACCUUUUGAUAAAUAUGAACUAGAACCAAGUCCUCUGACACAAUAUAUACUUGCAAGAAAACAGCCUACGGUUUGCUGGCAAGUUUUUGUGGCUAAUUCUUACAAAUCAAGUGAGGUUGGGCAUCCAUUUGGAUACUUAAAAGCUAGCACAAACCUUACCUGUGUCAAUUUAUUUGUCAUGCCAUAUAAUUAUCCAGUGCUCUUGCCACUAUUGGAGGAACUUUUCAAGGUACAUCGGUUGAAACCAACAAAUGAAUGGAGAACACAAUUUCAAAAUUAUAUGCGGACCAUGCCCACGUACUAUGCUUCGUCAUUGAGGAGAGCAUUGACUCGGAUGGGUGCACCUGCGCCACUCGCUCAGACACUAAUCCCAGACAAUAUGGACAACUCUUUAUCUUACAGUGUUUUAAACUAUUUGAAAAGGUUAAAAAAUCAAGCUAAAAUCGAGUUUGAACGACUUUGCAAUGAAGUGAUUUCCAAACAAGUAGCCAAUGCAAAUUUAAAUAAAAACUUAGUUAAUGGUAACUCAACGACGGUGACGGAAGGAGUUAGAGUUAUUCCACGGACACCGUUGAAGAAAGAUCUGGUAUCGCAUCCUUUAUUACAAGAUAAGUUCACAGGACUCAGAGAUCAACUCAACGAAUUUGGUGGAUUUGUGGUCGGACUUGUUAGAAAUCAACAGCAGCAAAGAGGGGCCCAGAGUUACAGAAAUGCGUUUGAUGUACCAAGAAAAUCAUUACUGGAUCAAGUUGUAAGAAUGCGGGCUAAUUUUCUUCAGCCUGGAUUGUUACAUACAAAACUAUUGGACGAUGAUUACGUCCAUUCAAUGCCGGUAGCGCAAAUGGGAAAUUAUCAGGAAUACCUUAAAAGAAUGACCCCUCCAUUGAGAGAAAUCGAAAGUGCGCCCGUCAGACAACACAUGUUUGGUAAUCCCUUCAAGAUAGAUAAAAGAAUGAUGGUUGAUGAGGCUGACAUAGACAUGGCAGGAUCUACUUCUACCAAUUCCAAGGCGGGUAGUUUGAAACGUGCCAUACAACCCUCCGACAGCGGAGGUUCUUCCGCACCCCGACCACCACCCAACAAAAGGAAACCAGGACCAAUUCCUAAAGAUGUUAUCGUAAGAAGACCAUCUUAUUCGCCUGUCAAUACUCCACCAAGUUCGCCAAUACCAUGGAUGGAUGAGACAAAGAACGAGGUUGUGCCUACUGCCAAUUCCAUUAAUUUAUCAAAUUCAUCAAGUGCCUCUGGUAGUUUGACCUUACCACCCCAAACUGUGCCGGACAAGUUGGUGAAUGGUUUAGCUGAAGUCCCAGUGAUGCCAGUUUUUGAACCAACUCCAAUUGAACCCGUUAUCGUCCAUUCUGAAUCUCCUACACCAUCUCGAGUAACAGUGAAUAACGUUGAACCACCAAUAUGUGAGAUUAAAUCUGAGAAAUUGGAUCCAGUCAGGACUGAUCAAAUUAAUUUACCAGUUAAUGAUUGUGGAGAGAGUCACAACAGUGUAAAGGUAGAAAAUUCUAACGAGGAAUCUGUAACGAACCAUGUCGAAGAAAGGCGUGAAAUGAAGAUUGAAAAGGAAAAACCAUUACCAAAGAAAGAGCUGGAGGAAAUAAGGAAGCACAAUUUGUCCGUCAGAGAAUCUGUAUACAAAGAAGUCCGGAGACGAGGAAAAAAUUAUGCGGCGCUAUUUUCACACUUGCAUCAAAUCCAAGGGACACUAGAUAUACGGCUUGCAUUUGUGCGGGACGUAAUCAAAGAGUCGUUACGCUUUAAGCGACGUAACUUAGCAACCUUAUUAGAAGAAUAUCUUGAGACAAUACAAGAUGACGGACGAACGAUGAAUCAUAAAGUGAACAACAAUGGUGCAACAAAAAUAAGCUAAGCAUUUCAUAGUUAAAACAGGGCAUUAAAGUCUUGAUAAUGAAGUACUGAUAUUCUCACGAAAUAUGAAGUAUACCGUUCAAAAGCGUCUUACUCUCGAACAACUCAGUUAAGUUAACUGUGAAAACGGCACGUUUGUAAUUUUUAAGAGGACAUACAUAGUGAGGCUUAAUAAUUCAUGUGGAAAUUUGCGUGAUCGUUAUGACUGUUAAAUCUAUUGCAAAAUAGGUUAGUGGUGUUACAAAGUAAUAACAUGUGAUUUCCACGACGUUGCUCGUAUCUCAAAAAUUCCAGAAUAUCCAGUUGAUAGAAUUGUUAAUACGAAAACAUAUAAUUAAAACAAGUACAAUGCGUGAAUCAUCCGUGAAUCAAAUUUGUACGUAUAACUAGGAAACAUGUUUUGGAUUUGAAAAUACGUUUCAGUAGAAAAUCAUCGAAAGGUACCAUACUGACUAAAGAAUAACUAUCAACUUGAGAAUUUGUUAUUACAAAUGACGCAAGACCAGCAAUUCUACCAACAUUUCAUUUUCUAGGAGUUCAUAUCAAAUCAAUAACGAUGAUAUUAUGUAGAAAUUCACACACUGUAUUUUUGUAACAACAAAUUUGUUUUAUAGGUUGAAACAAUGGCGGAAUAAUGUUACAAAAAUCGCAAUACAUGCCAAUAUUAAAUUUUAGGUAUGAUCGUUUUAAGACUACUCUAAUCAAAUGAAAAUGUUGAUCACUGUGUAAAUUUUGUUAUAUAUUAUAUUUGUUGACUUGAACCAAGUCCCGCUCUAGAAACGGAAUCUUAUGAUUAAAGAGGAAAGAAUAAAAGAAGAAUUGAACAGCGGGAAGCAGCGACAGCGGCACAAAAUCUGUUUGAAUUUUGAAAUCGGUUGAAACAGAUUUUUCACGUCUAAUACAUUGUAAAAAGUUACAUUCUGUAAUUUUUUUAACAAAAAAACAAGAAAAGAAUAUUAAAAACAAAACAACAUAUUUUAUCAUGUAUUUUACUAAAUUAAAAAGGUCUGGAAAAUCGAAACUUGUCUUGUUGAAAUCAAUAUCUUAUCCAAAAAUUCAGUGCACAUUCUAUAACACUUUAUUUAAUGAUCAUAUAACAAAGAUGUUACAUGUUCGUUUGUACAUUUUGUUGCCGGUAUUUCAAUUUAGUAUUUUUCUAUCUAGUAUAAAUGACCCUGUAUAAUUCAAUAAGUUAGCUAUUCUUUACCUUAAGUUUGUAGUAUCUAAUAGGAUUACCAUUACUAACAUUUCCCAAUAUAUUGCCAAGUUUUCUCAAUCUUGAAAUAUACGUGCUCGUAAUGUUCUAUCAAAAGUAUGAUACAUCGAAAUCAAAGAAUUUCCCAAAUCGAUUGCACUAACGAGAAUAAUUGUUGCACAGUUCACUUCUGGAUGAAGUAGAGAUUCGACAAAAGAAAUCAAAUACCGAAGCACUUAGCAACAUUUUCAACUGCAAUCUAAUUAUUCCAUUGAUGAGAUAAGACAUUUUUAGAGUCUGUACUAGACUGUUGCUAUACUUAUUUUUCAUCGAUGAUAAAUGUCAUGUAAAUUUCAGACAUGCAGUAUGAUUAAAAGUGAAAGUAGGGGGAAAAGUAUUGCAUUAAAAAGUUUAAAUAAAGUCAUAGCCUUGAGUUGGAUGUAUGAGAUUAAGGCAGUGAUAAUUAUCUUGCUGAUUGAAAGUUACUUUUAUGAAUAUCAUACAAUGUGUGAAAAGUAAUAUUUCAACAAUAGCAAGAUCUAUUCACUACUUUGCAAAAUGUAAUAAGUGAUAUAAUUAUAAUUAGGAAAAAUUGAAAGAAAAAAAUAUCCCACCCCUUUACAAAACUUCUUAACACGCCGUACAGUAAUGAAUGAACUUUUAUUUAUUGUUCCAAGAAUUAGAUAUUUAAGGAGUUGAUAAGUAAAUUAACAGAAAUUGAAUAAGCAGAUAAAUUAAAAUAGAGGAGCCUGGCUGAGUCUAUUGGACAAUGAUGCUAUACGCUUAACAGCUCCGAGUGAAAAUAAACAUUGAUAAGAAUGUUGAUGAAGCAUAACACUAAGUGCGAUUCUGUAAUUUAUCAAUUAUUAUAACAUUUAUCAGAAUGUUCCCAAGAUUUAUCAUGCAUUGUGCGUGUUUGAAAGUAUGAGUAUUAUCUAUGUAACCUGCCUCGUACUUUUGUACUUUGCGUCAUAAAUCUGUAAAAAUAAAUCUAAUAGCCAGAUUGAUGCCUCUUACUAAAGGCUCAUACAAGACUGCAAAAUACAAAGAAACGAUCAGACGCAAUUGUGAGCCGUACUGCGAUAUCCUAUAAGUAGCAAGCACGUACCUAUGAAAAUAUUAGAUCAGCAAUAUAAAGCAAAGGUAUCUGGUUGCCAACAUCAUUCAUGAGUAGAUACUUUUCCUGUGUGAUACACGAACUGAAUAGUAUAAUCAAAAAUACUACUUCAAGAGUGAGUCCAUGCAGAUAUUUUUAUCGAUAAAGGAAACAAAUGUUAGUGAAUAACGCAAGAGAGAAACAAAAAUGUCCAAAAUAAUUCAUGGAAAAAAAUAUUUGUUAAAGUAACUACAUAAUUGUGAUAACACUGAGAUUACAAGAUUUAAAGAAUUAUUAAAAAAAAAAUUUUGAAAAUAAGAGAUAUAUUGAUGUUUUGUAUUAUCUCAUUUGCAAAGCUCCCAGUUUUGCGAUAGGCUAAUAUUGAUGUAAUUUAUGAGCUCGUAGUUCUCUUUUUUUUGUUUUCGUUUCAUUGGAUGACUAUGUUUUCUAGACACCUGUUGUAAAUUAGUUAUAAUUACGUUAUCUUGUAAAUAUUGUGAAUACAACUCAAAUUGAUAUUGAAACAAUAGUUUCAUUUUUACAUUUAUAUUUUAGAAAAAGAAAAGAUGGACAAUGAUGAAAAAAAUAAAUAAAUAAAAUUAAUUUACAAGA